AUUCUUUAUAGCCUAUAUGCUUUUCAUAGAAAGUCUUUCUAAUGUCUGCUGUAUUUUAACAGACACUCUUUCCCAUCGUUUUAUCGACAACUCAGAGGGGGUUGCUUCCAGAUUUCCACCAAACGACAACAUUACAUUCGGCGUCUCUGAGCAGCACAAACGUAAAGGUCAAAAUGACGCUUUGACGUUUUCACUGAAAGGCGCUGUCGCGCGCUGGGUGGUGCUGAAAUCUAGUGCAGCUUCACGCGUGAUUGGCAAACCUGACAGUGAUUGACGUGUGUCCAUGGCAACCAGGCAGCCAAUCUGACAACUCCAAUAGAAUAGCGGCAGCAGGGGCUAAAUGUUCUUUUAUUUUGCUCCUCAGAAAACACCUUGCUUCCAGUUUUUUUAUGCUCACACUCAAUCAAAGAAGAGAUUUUGCCGUCCAGGCUGCUUGAGCCUGCCGCACGGCAUCGCUCUUCAGCUCGUUUGGUGACACGGCUGUUAACUUUUGCCGUUUUCUGACAGACAGGCUAAACAAAAAGACGGGGGAGACAGACGAGGAGCAACAUCAGAAAGGAGGGCCAAAGAAGAGAGAGAUUACAGUCUCCAUGUUCCAGCUGCCCAUCUUGAAUUUCAGCCCCCAGCAGGUCGCGGGGGUCUGCGAGACUCUCGAGGAGAGCGGCGACGUGGAGAGGCUCGGCCGCUUCCUCUGGUCACUCCCGGUGGCGCCGUCCGCCUGCGAAGUCCUCGGGAAGAACGAGUCUGUCCUGCGCGCGCGCGCGGUCGUGGCCUUUCACGCGGGCAACUUCCGCGAGCUCUACCACAUACUGGAGAACCACAAAUUCACCAAGGACUCACACGCGAAGCUGCAGGCGCUCUGGCUCGAGGCGCAUUACCAGGAGGCGGAGAAACUCCGUGGGCGUCCGUUAGGACCCGUGGACAAGUACCGCGUCCGAAAGAAGUUUCCACUGCCUCGGACGAUAUGGGACGGUGAACAAAAAACACACUGCUUUAAGGAGAGGACGCGGCAUCUGUUGAGAGAGUGGUACCUGCAGGACCCUUACCCGAACCCGAGCAAAAAAAGAGAGCUGGCGCAGGCGACUGGACUCACACCCACACAAGUGGGCAACUGGUUUAAAAACCGGAGGCAGAGAGACCGGGCGGCAGCGGCCAAGAACAGGCUACAGCAGCAGGUUCUGUCCGGUGGCUCGGUCCGAUCGCUGGGGGACGAUGACACCACAGUAGACCGCCUGGGUCCCGCCUCAAGCCCAGAAGUCAGUCUCUCAAGCAAGGCGGCCAUAUCUACCAUCUCCAUCACCUCCAGCGACAGCGAAUGUGACAUCUAACGUGCCAGGCUUCAAAAGAGCAAACAGAAGAACUGUAAGAGACAAUCUAACAACUACAAAAAUCCAGUGCCUGCAACCGGCCCAAAGAGAGGCUAAAAUGAAGGAUGGAAAAAUAGCGUCACACAACUUCAUUUUCCAACCGUUGAUGUGAUGAACAAAAUGCGCAGUAGGCCUACUUCUCAAGAAGACAGGUAAAAAGGGAGUUUUUGAAAGACAAAAAAAAAGAAAAAGAAAAAAGAAUGUUCAAUAUCGGAGGGCCAAACCUAUUAUUGUAGGCAAUGUGUGCGUACUUUAUCAUGAAAAGACUGAAUAAUGUUUUAAUGUCCACUUGUCCUUUUUAAUAUAUAAACGAUGUUUAUUUGAUUAUUUAAAAUUUCAUCGGCCCCUAGGCCUUUUAUUUGUGUGCUUUUUUAUCAUUUUUGCUGUGCGUAAUGCUGAGCGUUGUGAAUUUGAAAAAAUGAUAACAUGAUUAAAAAAAUAAAAU